UAAAAGCAAGAUCCCAUACUCUUCAGCUGGCUUAUUUAUACGGCGGGCCUCACCUCCUCUGCUUCCUCCACAAGUGCAGCCGCAGCCACACUAGCUACGUACUUUGCCUGACUCCUCCAGUUUCAUGUGUGUGCCAGCUUCUUGGUGCUUGCAUAGUGAUCGAUGGACGACGCAAACAAGCCUCAGCGGCCGCAGCAGGAGGAGGAGCAGAAGCCCAUGAGCGAGGACAAGACGACGAUGAUGAAGGUCUUGUCGGAGGACGGCGGUGGCGAGGCCGAACCGUCGUGGGAGUCCGGGGACGGCGACGCCGCCGACCACAACCACCGGGGAUGGAAGGCCAUGCCGUACGUCAUAGGGUUUCGAGGGUGGCGUCCCCUCCAACUCCGGCGUGUCGCUGGCGACUCUGCUCCACCAUCUUCGACGCCCACCGCAAGUCCCACGGGCGGCUCCGCCUCGUGGUCGGUGCUCCUGCACCCGGUGGCUGCGGGGCGGAUGCACGCGGCGGGUAAACUCCAGCGAGACGGCGGCCCCCUCCACGGCGUGACGGCGGUGCACUGCAUCGGCUAAAGCAUCCCCAUGGUGAGCCCCUCUGCACUCCUCUGUUCCCCCCUUUUCCUUGUAUAAUGAUGCUUCACAUUGCUUGAUAUGAAUGUGAUUUUGAUCAAUCUUCACUUCCGCCUAGCUAGCUAAAAGAAACGUGUGUUUGUUUAUGUAUGGUAUAACAAAUCACGUACGUGUAUGCUAGCUAAAAGAAGCAACCAAGCUAGUAGCUCAAUUGAUAUACAGGAAACUAGCUAGAUGUGCCUCUCUAACAAUGUGUUCAUCAGGCUGCUCUCAGGUAUCGUUUGAGUGCGCCAAUUAGUUCGGCCAGCCUCUAUGAUUUAUUCUGAUAGUUGCUGGAGUACUUCUAUUUGUGAAAAAUUCGACGCAACAAAAAAAUGUUAAUCAGUCUGCUCUCUCAAAGUCAAGUUUGGGCUGCUGCAUAUGAAUGGAUUUUUUUUCUCAGUUUGGGAGCUAGGUACUGGUGGAGUUUGGUGUAUCCAUAGUCCGCUCUCUCAAAUGUUAAUCAGCCUCUGUGAUU